CAGUAACUGUUCAGUGCUCGCGAGGGAUACGUCUAAUACCGCAGUACUGGUCUUAUACUUUCCGUUAUCUUUAUUAUAUUAGCGUGGGAAUGAUACAAACGAGACAAAUAUUUAGAUUCCAUAACAAUCAUGGCAUUGCUAGAAGUUUAAGUUAUAUUCAUAACAUUGGAAAGCAUCCUCUAGUGUACCGGAAUGUUGGUCAACAUCUCAAAGCGGCUGCGGAGUCGUUCCCGAACCAUGAAGCUCUGGUAUCUGUCCACGAAGCAAAACGGUUGACGUUUUCCAAUGUUUUAGAUAAGGUAGAUCGUCUUGCAGCUUCAUUCUAUCAACUUGGCCUGCAAAAAGGCGAUCGCAUCGGAAUAUGGGCUCCAAGUGGAACUCAGUUCUAUAUAUCAACAUUGGCAGCCGCACGUGCUGGAAUGAUCUCCGUUGGGAUCAAUCCAGCCUACCAGAUCCCGGAAGUGGAGUAUGCGUUGAACAAAGUUGGAGUUAAAGCACUGAUAGCUGCAGAAAGUUAUCGCACUCAGAACUAUUACGAAAUGAUCAAGCAUCUUGUACCUGAGUUAGAAGCUGCUUCCACUGGAAGUAUAGUGAGUGCAAAGGUUCCAUCCUUGUCAGCAGUUAUUAUGAAGAGUAAUAACAGCGGAAGUAAGCUUCAAGGAAUCAUACCGUACGAGGAACUGUUCCACACAGUUUCCGAACAAAAUGUAUCCUAUGUGGAAUCCAUUCAGAACCAAAUCUCUCCGGACAGUGGUGUGAAUCUCCAGUUCACCUCGGGAACGACUGGAAAACCAAAAGCAGCACUUCUGUCCCACUUUAACUUCAUCAAUAAUGCACUUUCCAUUGGAUUGGAUCACGGUUUCAACCUAUCCGAACGACAUCGAGUCUGCGUUCAGGUUCCGUUUUUUCACGCGUAUGGAGGCGUUGUUGGUAUUAUUGGCUCCAUUAGCCACGGAUGCACCCUCGUUGUACCGGGGCCGGGUUAUAAGCCUUCUGCGUUGGUGCAGGCGAUCGUCAAUGAAAGAUGUAACGCUAUCUACGGUACACCUACAAUGUACGUAGAUCUGGUGAACGAAGUCAAAAGAUCUGGAACCAAGCUGCCGUCGAUUGAACUGGCUGUCACCGGAGGGGCUCCUUGUGCACCGAAACUCUUCACAGACAUUCAACAAAUACUGGGAGUCGAGCAGGUGAAAACCAUUUACGGGCUCACGGAAACAACGGCUGUGUGUUUCCACUCAGUUCGUAAUGAAUCUCAAGAGAACGUUUUGAAUACGGUGGGACACCUGGGUGAACAUUGGGAAGCGAAAGUGGUUGAUCGAGACGGUGCCCUGGUGCCAUUUGGGGAGCCUGGAGAGCUGUGUGUUCGAGGUUAUGCAACUAUGUUGGGCUACUGGGAAGACGAGCAGAAGACCAAGGAGACGAUUGGAGUGGAUAAGUGGCUUAAAACGGGAGAUCAGUUUGUGCUGAGAGAAGAUGGCUAUGGGAAAAUUGUCGGACGUAUCAAGGAGGUGGUCAUCAGAGGAGGAGAAAACAUAUACCCUAGGGAAAUUGAGGACGUUCUCAUUACGCAUCCGGAUGUGCUGGAGGUGCAUUGUGUUGGAGUUCCAGAUGAUCGGAUGGGAGAAGAAAUGUGUGCUUUUGUGCGAUUGUACAGUGAUAGGACCAAACUAGAUCAGGCCCAAGUGAAGGAGUUUUGCAAAGGAAAAAUUGCUCAUUUUAAGGUGCCUAAAUUUGUGGAAAUCGUGGACCAGUUUCCUAAGACUACGUCAGGUAAAAUACAAAAGUUUAAAUUAUUGGAAAUGUUUUUAAACAAUAAAGUGAAAUCUUAGAUAAAUUAGUUUCGUUACUCCGAAAUGUGUGCAUCACGCAAUUCUUCACCAGCAGCUGAAUGUCUUCUACUUUGAAAACAAAUUUUCAUUUUCUGAAUUGCGAUACCGCAAAUCUGCCAGAGAUCCCUAUAGGGGAGACUGGGUAGACUUGAUCCCUUUUUCUUAAUUUGCCUGUAACUAUAAGAAAAACACAAAACGUUUUUCGUACAGAAUGGCAGGUAAACAUCUACUAGUAGAUGCUGCUGCAGUUUAUACACAACAGAAGGACUUUAAAUUAUUGAUAAAGUUUUCAA